GAGUCAGUGAGCAGCAGCAGCAGCGGCUCCCCUCCGCUCUGGUAUCAUGGAGCCAGCCAGCAGACGGCAGAAGAAAGGAGGAAGUGGAAACAUCAGCACUAUCUCUACGGCGGAGAGAGAGAAAGAGAGGGAGGGAGAGGGAGGGAGAGCGAGGGAGAGGAAACAGCGCUGAGUGACACACACUCACAACACACACACACACACCAACUCUGGACACCGGUGCUCCAGUGGAAGAAGUGUCUUCGCUCCGUCAGGUUUGGAUGAGCUAAUUCCAGUAGUGGUGACAGAGGUGUGAGGCAGUGAGACCCACACCGACCACCCCACUCCCUCAGCCAUGCCGCCGCCGGCAGACAUCGUCAAGGUGGCCAUUGAGUGGCCUAAGGCCUUCCCCAAGCUCAUGGAGAUAGACCAGAAAAAGCCUCUUUCAGCCAUCAUUAAAGAAGUGUGCGAGGGGUGGUCCUUGGGGAACCAUGAAAACUUUGCUCUGCAGAUUGCUGACGCGACAAAUUUCUACAUCACAGAAAAGAAUCGCAAUGACAUUAAGAACGGCUCAAUCCUGCGCCUGACCACCUCUCCUUACCAGACUGCAGUCGGACUUCAUGAGCGGAUCCAGUCGUCCAGCAUGGAUGCCAAGCUGGAGGCACUGAAGGACCUGGCCAACGCGUCCCGUGACAUCACCUUCGCCCAAGAGUUCAUCAACCUGGAUGGCAUCUCCCUGCUCACACAGAUGGUGGAGAGUGGGACUGAUUUUGGUGACCUGCUGUCCUUCACUCUGACGGCCUUCGUGGAGCUGAUGGACCACGGCAUUGUCUCCUGGGACACGUUCUCUGUGGCCUUCAUCAAGAAGAUCGCCAGCUAUGUGAACAAAUCGGCCAUGGACACGGCAGUGCUGCAGCGGUCCCUGGCCAUCCUGGAGUCCAUGGUGCUCAACAGUCAGGAUCUUUACCACAAGGUGGCACAGGAGAUCACCAUUGGACAGCUCAUCCCGCAUCUUCAGGGGACGGAUCAAGACAUUCAGACCUACACUAUUGCUGUCAUCAAUGCUCUCUUCCUCAAAGCCCCAGAGGAGAAGAGACAGGAGAUGGCUCAUAUUCUUGCCCAGAAACAGCUGCGCUCCAUCAUUCUCAGUAACGUGAUCCGCAGCCCCACGCCCAUCAACGACGAGAUGGCCCACCAGCUGUACGUGCUGCAGGUGCUCACCUUCAACCUGCUGGAGGACCGCAUGAUGACCAAGAUGGAUCCCCAGGACCAGGCUCAGAGGGACAUCAUCUUUGAGCUGCGGAGAAUUGCCUUCGACAUGGAGAUGGAGCCCAACAACAGCGGCAGCAUCGAGAAACGCAAGUCCAUGUACACCCGCGACUACAAGAAGCUGGGCUUUAUUAACCAUGUGAAUCCAGCUGUGGACUUCACCCAGAUUCCUCCCGGCAUGUUGGCCCUGGAUAACAUGUUGUAUUUUGCCAGGCACCACCAGGACGCCUACAUCAGGAUCGUCCUGGAGAACAGUAGUCGAGAAGACAAGCACGAGUGUCCGUUUGGCCGCAGCAGCAUCGAGCUGACCAAGAUGCUCUGUGAGAUUCUCAAAGUUGGCGAGCUUCCCAGCGAAAACUGCCAUGACUUCCACCCCAUGUUCUUCACACACGACCGCUCCUUCGAGGAGUUCUUCUGCAUCUGCAUCCAGCUGCUCAACAAAACCUGGAAGGAGAUGAGGGCCACAAGUGAAGACUUCAACAAGGUAAUGCAGGUGGUGAGGGAGCAGAUCAUGCGAGCGCUGACACUCAAGCCUAAUUCCCUGGACCAGUUCAAGAGUCGCCUGCAGAACCUGAGCUACACAGAGAUCCUGAAGAUACGCCAGUCCGAAAGGAUGAAUCAAGAAGACUUCCAGUCCCGCCCCAUCCUGGAGCUGAGAGAGAAGAUCCAGCCCGAGAUCAUGGAGUUGAUCAAACAGCAGAGGCUCAACAGGCUGUGUGAGGGUACCUGCUUCAGGAAAAUCAGCAGUCGCAGGAGGCAAGAUAAGUUUUGGUAUUGCCGUCUUUCUCCGAACCAUAAAGUCCUGCACUAUGGAGAUUUGGAAGAGAGCCCCCAGGGUGAGGUGCCCCAUGACUCCCUGCAGGACAAACUGCCUGUGGCUGAUAUCAAAGCUGUUAUCACCGGCAAAGACUGUCCUCACAUGAAGGAGAAGGGAGCCCUGAAGCAAAACAAGGAGGUGUUGGAGCUGGCCUUCUCUGUCCUCUACGAGUCCGACGAGUAUUUAAACUUUAUCGCUCCCGAUAAACACGAGUACUGCGUGUGGACAGACGGUCUAAACGCCCUCCUGGGGAAGGAGAUGACCAGCGAUUACACCAAAUCUGACAUGGACACCCUCCUCUCCAUGGAGAUGAAGCUCCGCCUCUUGGAUUUAGAGAACAUCCAGAUUCCCGAGGCCCCGCCCCCGAUUCCCAAAGAACCCAGCAACUAUGACUUUGUUUACGACUGUAACUAAGACGAACGACCCCACGGGCCCCGAACACCAACCCCACCCGGCACCUACUGUACUCACUGGACCAAUCCCACCCCCUCUCCUUUUCUUACAAACUGGAACAAAAACAAAUAAAACCACAUAAUAUAAAAAAUGAACUGUGAUUGAAAGAAAAAAAAAUUCCUCUUGCUUCUGGCUUCAUAAGAGCGAAAAUGGUGCGUAGUAUCAGGCUCGCUGCACUUGAGGGACUCGGGGUCGACGCAGAGUCAUCGGGUCGGAGAAGAGAAAAACAGGAAGUGCUCGUUCAGCCUAUCAUUGGUCGCCCUGCGUCUUCUUCCUCACUCUCUUCCUGUGUCUGAUGUUUUAAAAAAAAAACCUUCACUUAUUCUUCUCGGCCGAGGCGCCCGCUGUCAUUUUGCUUGAAGAACGUCAUAGACAAAUGCUUAGAAAAUUCUAUUUGAUUCAGCUUCCUUGUUGUCCUGGCUUUAUGUUGACUUUAUUAUUUUUCCUCAGGGCUUUUGUGGGGGGGGGAUGAUGGUUGUGUAGGAGCAGGGAGGGACGGGGGUUUUGUGUUUUGUCGUCAGCUUUUCCAGCAGUAUUUUCUGUCACAUUCUCACUUUACAGUAUUUGUGGCAGCUAAAUCUUUCCCAAGAGGCUGGAAGGAAGGUUGAAGUACAUUUUAAGGCGAAUACUUCAGUAAAAAAAUGGUCUCUUAUAUCCGCUGUCCUGCUACACAUAUACUGAAGACUGUUAGAACAAGUCGAUCCUCAAAAUCAAGGCACUGUACGACGGUAACAAGCCUUUACUUUUGAAUAUUCGUAUCUUAAUGUUACUAUCCCACCGCUGCUUUUCGCAUAUUGUACACACCUACACAGUGGCUUUGCCCAAAAUGACCGUGAAAGCACCGCCACACGUCCAGACACACACUCGUCUCUCCCUCAGUUGAGUCUCUCUCGUUGUAAUGACUGCUGUACACAACAUUCCUAAGCAAUAUUUGAGCUUUUUUCUUUUUUGUUCAUCAUUUGUAAGAUGGUCAUAAUUCAGUGAUUUUAAAAAAUUGUGAAACUGCCAAGUAGUUGGUAUUACAAAGAGGAUGUUAGUGUUUUUGGUAAAAGGGAAGUUGUCUUUUUUGUGUGUGUGUGUGUGUGUUCAGGACUAAAUGGCCACAAAAUUGAAAGUUUAUGUAUUUUUUUAAUUUAAAAACAAAUCAUGGUUGUUAUUUCUAGUAUGAUUUAUAUAUUUUCCCUCCUUCCUAUUUAAUACCUUCGGAUGUUUUCUUUUCUUUAGGAUUUUUCAAAGCCCCUCAAAACUGCUGUUUACAUUAAAGAUUUAAGAACCGUAACUUA